AUGGUCUGUCUGAUCAACCUUGUUCCCAUCAGCUACUGCAACGCUGACUGGGGAAGCAACACAAUCAACUGCAAGUCCAUCUCAGGAUACUUCUUUGUGCUUGCUGGAGGACCUAUCAUGUGGACCUCUAAGGCACAGAUGACUGUUGCGCUCUCAUCCACUGAAGCCAAAUACCACUCAAUCUCUGAAGCUACCAAACAAGCCAUCUACAUCCACAAGUUCUUCUCAAGCCUCAACAUCAACAAAUCCAUUCCAAUCACUAUCCACAACAAUAACCAGAGCUCAAUAGCCAUCGCCAACCAACAACAAAUGAUGUUUCACUCACAGAUCAAGCACUAUGAUAUCAAGCUCCAUCAUGUCUGUGACUUGAUUGUGAAGGGUCUCAUA